UUUCAUUAUUCGUUCAUUCAUUCAUUCAAUUUAAUUCUAUAUUUAUUGACGAAAAUAGGUAUCACGAAAAUCAAUAUUUUGUUCCGCGAUUAAUAUAAUAAACGUUUUAGCAUUAGAUUCUCGAGGUUAUAAACAUUUAGACAGCAUGGCAGAUGCAACGUUGCCCCUUCACUUGGAGCCAAUGCCAUCUCAAGAAGCCCCGCAGAAACGACUAUGGAUAGGCAAUCUGGACACGCGAGUUAAUGAGUAUCAACUACUGAAAAUGGUGCGUGUAUACGGAAACAUCGAGAAGUUUGACAUGCUGUUCCACCGCAGCGGGCCCAACAUUGGGCAGUCCCGGGGAUUCGCCUUUGUCACCUACAAGAUGCAGCAAGACGCCAUCGAAGCCAUGAAGUCUUUGAAUGGACAAAUUCUAGGCUCAAAGAAGAUAUGUGUGAAGUUUGCAAAACACACAGAUGACCAUGACAGACCAAAACCUGAACUUGGUAUCGCAGCUUUAGCCGGAACAAAUGCUAUGCCUGAAACGAAGAUCAGUAGAAAAACUGCCAUCCAAUCAAUAGAGGCUAAGCUUAAAAUGAUGGAGAAUAUGAAAGCAGGUGAUGACUUUGUGUUAAAUAAACUUGCAGCAGACGAGGCACCUGUUAUAGCACAGUAUCAAUAUAAAAGCAACUUACCUCAGCACAAGUCUUCCACAUCCUUCAGGAGACGGCACCCUUACCACAGGAAAAAGUAAUUCAGGAAAUUUACAGAGAUUAUUUAAAAAGCAGUGGUGAGGGGUUCAUAGCUUUGAAGGGGAAGCCAGUGUGAAAAAAAUAUACCUAUCAUGAAAUAUCGUAAGGUACAUAUUAAAUCAGUCAAUCCAAAAGGGAAGCCAUUGUGUUGUAUGAUCCCUUUGCCGCUGUUAUGGAGCAGUAUUAUGUAAGAAAUAAAAGAUAUCAUUAAUUCUAUUUUUUGUGAUCUGAUAAAAUAUUUUUUAUGAGUUAAUAAUGAAAUUAAGUGUGCUCCCUUACUUAAUUAUGUAAUUCUAAGUAUCUCAUUUGUUUUGUAAGUUUAAAAUACUGGUUUCCAUUAACAGGAAAGUACCAUCAGUAUGUGUUCGAUAGUACUCAUAAUUUAAUUUAUAAAAUGUUGUAGUUUAAAUGAAAUGAUUGAUUACUUAAUAAAAAAAGCAUCACCAUUAAAUUUCUGAAUGUAUGGGUAUUGCAAAAGAAGUGUAUAGAUAUUUUACAAAGUGUUUAUGAGAUAGGAUACCGUGGCCGAAAUUGGGCUAGUAUGACACGCAAUACACUACUUGGCUUGUAGAAAAAGCAAUAUCAUGUACCUUAGGUUGCGAUUACAAGAGCUACGCUUUACAUUGGCACCAUAUCUUUACCAUGGGGCUUCGUCUGUGUAAUGUGUAUGCCAUGAAUUGAAUUACUAAAUAGUAGAAUAGUUUUACUAAAUUAUCUGAGCUUCUGGAUCCGGAAUUAGGUAAUAUUAAUAAUUUAAUAUUUUUUGUGAUUUAGUUCCUAUAAUAGCAACUUCUCUAAUCAUGUUUAGUAUGGAACAGUGUUAAUUAUUUAUCCUUUUCCAACGAAUCAAUGAUAUUACAUAAUUAUUAGACAAUUUUUACAAAAAAAAUAAAUGUUCAAUUCAAACUAGGUUUAUUAUAUUCGUGAGUAGGUACUUAGUUUAAUCGAAAAUUAUACAGGUGUGUUGUGUCGCUUGAGUGUAUUGAUAUUGUGUUAGGUAAGUUAAUUGUAAUAAAUUAAAACUACAAUGUUGACCUA